GCGACUGUAGUCUGAAGUACGGUGGCUGGCGCAGAUCAGUGUCGCGUGUGGCUCUGCAGUACCGUCUGGAAGGAGGGAGGAUCCUUAAGAGUUCAGUGGCUGUGAGGCAUAGCCGAGGAGGAAUGAUUGUGAACAGCCUCUCCCUGUGCUACCACAAUAAACUCAUAUUAGCCCCAAUGGUUCGGGUGGGGACUCUGCCAAUGCGCCUCCUAGCCCUGGAUUAUGGAGCAGACAUUGUUUACUGUGAGGAGCUGAUUGACCUUAAGAUGCUCCAGUGCAGGCGAGUUGUAAAUGAGGUGCUCAGCACAGUGGACUUUGUUGCUCCUGAUGAUCGAGUAGUCUUCCGUACGUGUGAAAGGGAACAGAGCAGGGUGGUCUUCCAAAUGGGGACUUCAGACGCAGAGCGAGCCCUUGCUGUGGCCAGGCUUGUAGAAAAUGAUGUAGCUGGUAUUGAUGUCAACAUGGGCUGUCCCAAAGAGUAUUCCACUAAGGGAGGAAUGGGAGCCGCUCUGUUGUCAGACCCUGACAAGAUCGAGAAGAUCCUCAGUACUCUUGUUAAAGGAACACACAGACCUGUGACCUGUAAAAUCCGAAUCCUGCCCUCGCUAGAAGAUACCCUGAACCUUGUGAAGCGGAUAGAGAGGACUGGCAUUUCAGCCAUUGCAGUUCAUGGGAGGAAUCGUGAUGAGCGACCUCAGCACCCUGUCAGCUGUGAAGUUAUAAGAGCCAUUGCUGAAACCCUCUCCAUUCCUGUCAUAGCCAACGGAGGAUCUCACGACCACAUCCAGCAACAUUUGGACAUAGAAGACUUUCGACAAGCCACAGCUGCUUCCUCAGUGAUGGUAGCCCGAGCAGCCAUGUGGAACCCCUCCAUCUUCCUCAAGGAUGGCCUUCGUCCACUGGAGGAAGUCAUGCAGAAGUACAUCAGAUAUGCGGUGCAGUAUGAUAACCACUACACCAACACCAAGUACUGCUUGUGCCAGAUGCUGCGGGAACAGUUGGAGUCACCCCAGGGAAGGAUGCUUCAUGCUGCCCAGUCUUCCCAGGAAAUUUGUGAAGCCUUUGGCCUUGGCACCUUCUACGAGGAGACCAUUCGGGAACUCGAUGCUCGGCGAGCUGACCUCUUGGCCAAGACUCCAGAGGCAGCUGAGGAGCCAGCUGAAGAUACCUCUGGCAUCAUUAAGAUGGCGCUCAGGUUUGACCGGAGAGCAUACCCACCCCAGAUUACCCCCAAGACAUGCCUGCUGGAAUGGUGUCGGAGAGAGAAGUUGCCACAGCCUGUGUAUGAAACAGUUCAGCGACCUAUAGAUCGCAUGUUCUGCUCUGUUGUCACUGUUGCGGAACAAAAGUACCAGUCCACUUUGUGGGACAAGUCCAAGAAACUGGCAGAGCAGACUGCAGCAAUUGUGUGUCUGAGGAGCCAGGGCCUCCCUGAAGGUCGACUGGGUGAGGAGAACCCUUCCUUGAACAAGCGCAAGCGAGAGGCCCCCAACCAAGACCCGGGGGGCCCAAGAGUUCAGGAGCCAGCACUCCCUGGGGAGAUCUGCAAGAAGCCAUUUGUAACCUUGGAAAGUAGUGAAGAGAAUCUGCUGGAAGGCUGCUGACUCCUGCUGUGGUCGACAGUGUGUGGGACUAAUGUGAAGGGGUUAUGGGUGCUGGGCCUUAAACCACAUGCCCUUGGACAGAUUGCUGGCCCUUGGCAUGUGAACCUAGAGGUCUUGGUCCAGGCCACCACUCUGAAACAAGUGCCAAGAAAUGUCCAAGGCUAAUAUGUCUUUCAUAUGUCUGAUGGCUAAGCCAAGUUCCCAGUGACCUGAAUGUUUCUUUGAAAACGAGGUCUUUAAGCCUCACUUCUAACUUGACAUUGGUAUUGUGCAAUAAAGACACCGACUCUCACCCAAGA